AUGGAGAUCCCAGUGCCUGUACAGCCGUCUUGGCUGCGUCGUGCUUCGGCCCCGCUGCCGGGGUUUUCGGCGCCGGGUCGCCUCUUUGACCAGCGCUUCGGCGAGGGACUGCUGGAGGCUGAAUUGGCUGGGCUCUGCCCCUCUGCGCUCGCCCCUUACUACCUGCGGGCACCCAGCGUGGCGCUGCCCGUCGCCCAGGUGCCGAAGGACCCCGGCCAGUUCUCUGUGCUGCUGGACGUGAAGCACUUCGCGCCGGAAGAAAUCGCUGUCAAGGUUGUGGGAGACCACGUGGAAGUGCAUGCGCACCACCAGGAGCGCCCGGAUGAGCACGGCUACAUCGCACGUGAGUUUCACCGUCGCUACCUCUUGCCCCCUGGCGUGGAUCCCGCCGCCGUGACGUCCGCGCUGUCUCCCGAAGGUGUUCUGUCCAUCCAGGCCGCACCGGCACCGGCUCAGGCUUCGCUGCCAUCACCAACUGCCGCUAAGUAG